AUGGAACCUCUGGGCACGAAAGAGUUGAAAUCAGACUAUAGUCAGCAGCUGGUUUUGAGACCAUCUACUCCAUUUCAGUCAACUCCCACACUUAUUCCACCUUCCUCAGGAGUGAAGAUGAAUGGAACAGGACUAGGAGGGAUAUCUGGUGGGCAGAAACCUGUGGUUCUCCUGUCACAGCUGGACCCCGAGACUCUCUCGCAAGUCAAUGCAACUGGGAGGAAGAUACUGAGACGUCGCCGCCGUUCAAGUUCCCCACCUGAGUCUUUUGAAGAAACCAAAAGGAAGUUAGAAGAGGAGGCAGAACGAACAAGAUUCCGCCUCUCUACCCUUGAAUCCCGACUGAAACAAGAAAGCUGUGAUAGGUUGUGCCGCCUGGGACAAAUAAACUCUUGGCGCUGUGAUGCAUCUCCAAUGUAUGGAUUGGAUUUGGUGAAGACAAUUGAGAAGUUGUUGGAUGAUGGGAAGGGAUACAGAAAUGGUUUGGUUCAGUGUCGAUCAACUGUCUUGGAACCAGAUUCCUCUUCCACCUGGCUAUGGAGGUCCACACAUCAUCUGAGGAACAUUUUACACACUCCCAAUGAGCUAUUCACCAAAUUCACCCCUUUUCUAUCCAAGUUUUCUCUAUAUACCCCACCUGUGCACUCGUACAAGAUGCCAGUCCUACAUGCAUCUCAUCCAUCACCUUCAGACCUGUGUCGACAAGUGAGGGAGGUUGAGGUUUUGAAGAGGCAUAUGCAGGAAUCUCUGACACUCCUUCACCCAAUCCUCUCCAGUCGCACAAUGCAGUUCCCCGAGUUGCGUCUCAUUCAGUAUGAUUGUGGGAAAUUACAGGUUCUGGACACGCUCUUGAGGCAGUUGAAGAGUGAGGGCCAUAGAGCCCUCAUCUUCACUCAAAUGACCAAGAUGUUGGAUGUGCUGGAGGCGUUCCUCAACUACCAUGCAUAUCGCUACCUCCGCCUUGAUGGAACUACCCGUGUGGAGCAUCGCCAGGUGUUGAUGGAGCGAUUCAAUGCAGAUUAUCGAAUCUUCUGCUUCCUGCUGUCCACACGAUCUGGGGGAAUCGGUGUGAAUCUCACUGGAGCUGACACUGUUAUCUUUUAUGAUUCUGACUGGAAUCCAACUAUGGAUGCUCAGGCACAGGAUCGCUGCCAUCGUUAUGGGCAAUUGACUUGUGGAGAAACAUUAGGUCAUGGAGUUAAUCCUUCCUCUUGCAGGCUCAUAAGUGAAUGGACUGUGGAAGAGAACAUCCUAAAGAAGGCAAACCAGAAGCGCAUGCUUGGUGACCUUGCCAUCGAAGGGGGCAACUUCAACACUGCCUAUUUCAAAAAGCAAACCAUCAAGGACCUGUUCAGUGUUUCAUUGGAGGAAGAUGCUAGCAGGAGAAUGUCAGAACUCAUUGAUAAAGGGGAAGAGAAAGAGAAAGAAGUGGCAGUGGCCUUUGAAUCUGCACUGGCAGCUGCUGAAGAGGAAGAGGAUGUGCAGGCAGCUACAGCUGUCCAUGCUGAAGCUGAGGCAGAUCUGGCUGAGUUUGAUGAGAAUAUCCCACUUGAAGAAGGUUCUGCAGAUGUGCCACUCACUAAGCAAGAGAUGGAAUUGCAUGAGAUGCUCAAGCAGUUGAGGCCAGUUGAGCGAUAUGCCAUGAGCCUGGUUGAGGAAGAGCAUGGAGCAUGGCAGGCAGAGCAGCUGGCGCAAGCGGAAGCUGAGAUUGCUCAGCAGAAGAAAGAAUGGGCCCUGAAGCAUCUCCAGGCCAUGCGUGAAGAAGAGGAGAAGUGGAAUGAUGAUGACAAUGAGCUUCUCACGUAUUCCAGGACUGAUGCAGAGAAUAAGGUGCGCAGUCGGAAACCAGGCCAAACCAGAAAUCCUCCCCCUCCUUCUCCUAAGAAUAACACUGAUAGCGAAAGUAGUGAAAGCGAAAGCGAGGAUGAUGUAGAGUCAUCUGAGUCUGGUUUGGGGGAAUCAGAGGAGGUGAAACCAAUGACUUUCUUAGGCAGAAGAGGCAGGGCCUCUGCUUUGAAUCAGGUCACCGAGGACAGUCCCCGCACCAGAUCCCGGGGUCAGGUUAGCAUUAAUCUGUGGACCCUCGAUGUGGAUCCCAUCUUGCCAGGUGUGAAGCCGGUUCCAUGGAGCCGGAAAAAUGAGGAUUCAGAUUCCUCAAGUCCUGUAGCAUCCACACCGGUCCCACCUCAACAUUUUCCUNGCAGUCGGAAACCAGGCCAAACCAGAAAUCCUCCCCCUCCUUCUCCUAAGAAUAACACUGAUAGCGAAAGUAGUGAAAGCGAAAGCGAGGAUGAUGUAGAGUCAUCUGAGUCUGGUUUGGGGGAAUCAGAGGAGGUGAAACCAAUGACUUUCUUAGGCAGAAGAGGCAGGGCCUCUGCUUUGAAUCAGGUCACCGAGGACAGUCCCCGCACCAGAUCCCGGGGUCAGGUUAGCAUUAAUCUGUGGACCCUCGAUGUGGAUCCCAUCUUGCCAGGUGUGAAGCCGGUUCCAUGGAGCCGGAAAAAUGAGGAUUCAGAUUCCUCAAGUCCUGUAGCAUCCACACCGGUGUGGAUCUCCAACGUGUGCCAGGAAAUGAUGCCGAUAUGGGGACCGCCGACACCUCCACCUGAUGAUGAGAACGACGUCUACAUUGACCGUUGCCUGGGUCUUCUGUAUGAUGUAUCGACUGUGAUGCCCGAAUCCCAGCUUCCACGUGUGUACGUGGAGUCCAGGGAGCGGGAGGGUCCUCCUCCGCCGAAGAAGGCUCGUCUCUCGUCCACUCCGUCUCCCGUCUCGUCGGCGCCCUCGCCGCUGCCCCCUCAAGUGAGGUCGAGCAAGGCGAUGCAGCGUUGUGCUCCACCGAUCCCAUCCCUCAAAGAGGAAUCCACGUCGUUCCUUGCACCUCGAUCCUUGUUCGAUCGACCGAAAGUGCCAAAGUUUCACACGUAUACGCCACGUGCCGGCACGUCGGGCCCCAUUCUGUGCACCGUGGGGAAGCCGAUCGGCUUGGACACGGACGUCGUUCCUGAAUGGAUGAUACAUGAAGACUGGGUCAUCCUUCAGGCUAUCCAAACUCUAAGGGUCGGAACCGCCCAAGCGUACCUGCCGAACUGGGACUUGGUGGCCGAGAUGGUGAACUCCUCGGUCGCACGAACGUAUCGGUCUCCCAAGUACUGCAAGGCGCGGUACGAGAAGACCAUCCUUCCCCGAGAGGAGGGGAAGGUGACCUACGACAUCCUGACGUCUGGCGGGAGCAUUCUCAGCCCCUCCACGGGCGUUUUUGGCAUGGGGAAGCAGGGUGCUCCUAAGAAGGGGAAGGGCAUGCUCAAAGUCAAUCAGCCCAUCAAGGCCAACCGACCGUUGAAAACGUCCCAGAUCUACAGCAACGACAACAACACCACGUUCACCAACUUCCUCCACAAGCGAUUUCUGGAGAUCAACAACGUCGUGACUCAGCGCCGCCCCACCAUCAAGCCCUUGGCGUUCCCUGGUUCGGGUGCCCGAGGCGCGAAUCGGACAGGCUCCGUCUUGGCCGUCAUGGAGGAGAUGGGGAUCGAGUACGAUUCCCCCAUGCAGCCGACGCAGGUCGCCGCAUCCAGGGCCGAACGCAUCGCGAAGGAAAAGCAGAAGAAUGAUGUGGGUGGUGGACGAGCAGGAACGGUGGUGUCGCUGUCCAGUCUCAACACGGCCCAGCUCCAGGUCUCUUCCCGGGCCACUACCACCUCUCCAAAAGGUAAGAGGGAGUUUAGUAUCACUACUUGUACCGGAGGAAUCAUCACCGGGACGACGGCAGGAAAGGGGAGCAUCAUGACCCGCACGCUCCCGGAGGAGAUGCUGGUCCUACUAAAGCGACAGGCCGCCCUCGCCGGGAACGUCGCUGCCGGAGGCGCCACUGGAGCCACCAUUCAGGUGAAUCAGGGCGCCCUCCCACCUGGUACCAUCACUCCUGCCCAACUCCUCGCCCAGGUGCAAGGAGGAGGUGGGACUCUGACCGGCGUGCAAGGGACCUCUGGGGUCGGAACCGGAGGAGGCGCCGGGGCCGGAGUGGCCACCAUCGUCAAACAGGGCACUUCCAUUUCGGGUUCUCAGACGGUCACCAUUCCCGUCUCGGCCAUCUCCGUCGCUGGGGUUAAUCUCCCUCAGGUGAAGACGAUGACCAAGGCAGGGACGGUCCCCCAGAUCCGUCAGAUCACGAUCCCUCAACAGCUGCUGGCAGCACAGAGGAAGGCGGCCGGACUGCAGGGGAAGGUCGGCGGGGGAGUCGGCGGUGCGGUCGGUGGCGGCGGCGGCGCCACGAUCCAGACGGCUCCGAUGAACACGGUGCAGAUCGUGCAGCCGGGCGGGGGCGGACAGAAGACGCUGUCCGCGGCCGUCACCGUACAGCAGUUGAAUCAGGUCCUCAAGCAGAUUCAGCCACAGGCGUUUCAGCAGCUCACUCAGGCGGGAAGCGGCGGAGCGCAGGCGAUCCUCGGUACCCUAGGCACGGCGACGGCGGCGGUGUCGCUGGCACCGACGAUGUUGGCCGGCGCGGGGGGGCAGGGCCGGGCGGGGCUGACGGUGUCCUCGGGGCUGAACCCGCAGGGGGGAUCGCCGACCAUCCAGACGAGGGUCAUCCCGGUGUCGGGGCAGCAGAUGAAGCAGAUCCAGGUGGUGCAGGCGCUGGCGUCGUCGGCGACGCCGGGUGGAAGGGUCGCGGGGGCGCAAGGGGGGGCGGCGGUGGCGCUGGACGGGACGGGGAGGUCCAUCGUGUCGCUGCCGUCCUCGGCGACGCUCAAGGUGGGGUCGUCGGUGGCCGGGACGACGGUCACGCAGCUGCCGACCGGCGUUCACGGUCAGACGAUCUCUGUGGCCGUGCGGACGACCCCGGCGUCGAGCGUGUCGCGAGGGCCGGUGGUGCAGAAGCAGGGCCUGCUGGCGAGUCUCAUCUCGGGGCAGAGUCCGCCCUUGGGUGCGGGGGGUGGCGGGGACGUGCAGGUGUAUUCUACGACGGGGCGACAUGCGAAGGCCGGCCACAGCAAGCAGGAUGACGACGAGAUCGCUCAGCAAGUGGAGCAGAAAGUUCAGCAGAUCAAGCAGCAGUGGCAGCAGCAGCAACUGGAAGCAAAGCAGCAGAAGGCGGCAGCGGCCGCGGCGGCGGCGGCAGCGGGGGGCGCCGGGGCAGUGUUCAACGACGGCUGCCGAAUGUUCUCUGGCGACAGAAAAGUGAAAGGACUCGGUAAUGAUUCUCGUCCGGUGUCAGAUGCCUUCGAUUCCGAACAUGGUCUCGACUGCGGCUGA